CCUGACCCCGAAACCUCCUCUCUCCUACCCCUCUCUACCUCGAAAACUCUUGUUCCCGUCACUGGAACUCCUUUUUUCCCUUCCCAUGAGAACGCAAGGAUUCUGAAUCCAGACUCGGCGAUGUGUGGAGUAAUCUGGGAGCAUAAUUUUGGAUUUUGUUUGGAUCUCUGCUUCGUUGCUGGUUCUUGAGUCAUGUUUGAUUGGAACGACGAAGAGCUUACUAAUAUAAUAUGGGGUGAUGACGGUGAGGCAGACGACCAUAUUGUGCCUUUGAAGGAAAGGAGUGGACUACAACUUAACAGGAAGGAAUGGAGUGAAGAAUCUAAUAUACAUAAACCUGCUGAGCAGAAGACUAUUGGGGCUAAGAUUGACCUUCAUGGGAAAAAGGUGGAGAGCAGUUCUAACUACAACGUUAAUGAGGGGAUUUCUAGCUCGGACUAUGGUUUCAGCACAUGGCCUGAGCCAUCGUUAUCUAAACCCACAAGAGUUGAUCAGGAGUCCAGCGGGAUUGAAGUUUCAAAUAGCUUAGCUGAACCAGCCAAACAUAGUUCAACCAGUGUUGAGAAGAUGUCUGAACUUGGAAAAGGUACUGAUAUUUUCCAUAUUACUGAUGAUACUAAAGAGCAAAGUGAUUUUGUCGACUACAGCUGGGCCAACAUUGGUAGCUUCGACGAUCUUGAUCGAAUGUUCAGCAAUAAUGUCCCCAUAUUUGGCGAUGGCAGUCUCAGCAGUGCCGAUGAGUUAUGGUCUUCUUCCAAAGAUGUAGCUAAUAGUCCAUCGAAGUCAUUCCCCUCGAUUUUGGACUCCCAAAAUAUAGAAUAUAUUAAACCUGACUUCGAGCAGCAAGUUGACCAGCAGUUUUCAUUGAGUGGAAAACCCGUUACUAUUUCAUCUCAAAAUGUCGGAAGGGUAUGUGCAACCUCAGUGGCUGAACAGUGCCCUGGGCAUAAAGGUCAAUCCGCAGCUGAGGAGCAGACCUCGGAUUCAACAGCUGGAGAAGAACUGCCCAGCUUUAUUGAUCUCCGAAAACAGACCUCGGAUUCAACAGCUGGAGAAGAACUGCCCAGCUUUAUUGAUCUCCGAAAACAGGCAUAUCAGCAAAAGAAGAUGUUGAAGUUUCCAAAAAAGCUAGAGAUUUCUGAGGCUAGAACUUUUCAAGAUAUAUAUGGUACUUGGACUCCAUCCAGAAAUUUACCAGGACAGCAUGAAAAUCAGCUGGUACCCUCUUCACUGCGUUCUUCUUCGAUGGCUAUGAAUUCGCCGAUAAAGCUUCAAGGGUCUGACAUUUCUCAGUACCCGCACAUGCCAAACCCGUACAUGACUGCUUCUGGUUUUGGGAAUCUUGCAAAUCCAUUUCCUGCGACGCCUGUACUUUCAACCAUCCAGUCUCCAGAUCUUAAGACUCAGUUGCUGCAUCUGUCCUACAACAUUUCCCCUGUGUCUGCUAUCUCAGUAAACAAGACGGGAAAUGCCUCUGCAAGACCUUUGACCAUGACUCCUCAGGAAAAAGUUGAAAAGUUGAGACGCAGACAACAAAUGCAGGCAAUGCUUGCCAUUCAGAGACAGCAGCAGCAGUUUCGUCAUCAGGUUCCUGGAGCUGAUCAACCUGUCAGUGGAGAUAAUCCACUCCAUCUUGUUGGCAAUACUAAUCUUGAAGAGAUAGCUGCUCAGCCUUCUUUUGAUCCUAACUCACCUUUGGAACAGGACGAUUCCAGUAACGGUGCUGCUGCUGUCUAUGAUAAUUCUGCAGAGUUCUCAGUUCUUUACCGGCUUCAGGAUGUUGUGGCAAAGUUGGACAUGGGAAUAAGACUUUGCGUACGGGACAGCUUAUUCCGGUUGGCUGGGAGUGCAGUUAAGAGACAUCAUGCUGAUGAUACAGCCCGUACUAACAAAACUAGUUGCGAUGAACAAGAACCAUUUGCCAAAGACGAAGCUAGAGAAAGCAACAGAUAUGCCGGGUUGCCAGAUACAGAAACAGUGACUAAUCCCAUAGACCGUACCGUGGCCCAUCUUCUCUUUCAUCGGCCUUUUGAAAUGUCGAUGAAGCAUCUGGAGGGACCAGAAUCUCCCGCUUCUUCAAAGAUGGAAACCGAACGAAAAGGGAAUCUUCCGAAAUGCAGCACUCCAGAGAGUUACAUAACUAAGCAGAGAGUUCCAGAGGAAGUACCAUUGGGUACAUUGGCUUCACCCGAGCAGCAGACGGGUCAGCUCGAAACAAGUCCUUGCGUUGACACUUCAGAGAAUACACCCAAUCGCAGAUCCAGUUCUGCUGGUGGCACGGAGAUUGAAGAUUCCCAAUGAUAGCGAAAAACGAGAGCGGCUUGGAGGAUUAAGAUUUGCUGUCAUCCUUUGUAGAUAUUUGGUGUCGGAGCAGCGAGUACAGUAUCACCACCCAUACAAGGAACUCCAGUAAAUCUUUUCUCAGUCUCCUCUGGAACAAAGAAACUCCAUUUAACCCGUUUUGUCUGAAGCUGUUUACUGUUGUUCGAUGUGUGUCUAGAGACAAACCUUUCCUGUGUCUAUACAUACCUCUUGUGUGAACAUCCUUUUGUGAUGCUCCAAUGUUUGCUCUUAGAUCCUUUUGUCGCGUGAUUGAAACCUGCAGGCUAUGUUAGGAUAAAUAAGACUUGUGUUCCAUAAUA